CAGGAAACUUCCAUGUUUCAAGUGGUAGUGACUGAUAGCAACCUUCUCAUCAUGUCAUUGGAAGAAUCAGAUUUAACGGCCUCAUCAUCUGUCUAUGUUGCAAAAAUCACUGGCGAGUCAAAGAGUUAUUUUCUCCAGUUUGAAGAAUCCAAUCCCCUAGCUCACUGCCUAAACCGCUGGUGUUUAAUGCCAGUUACCAUGAUCAUUUUUACACAGUGACCCUGAUGGUGGUAAACUCCAACUUGACUUCAAGACCAGCCAGAUCUGUGACAGUGCUGACCAAACCUCUUUCCAUAACCCAGCUUUUAGUCCAUGACUACCAACCAUCUCCAGAAACCGGAGUUGUUUUUGAAGUUAAAUAUCCAGAGAAGUUUAAUGUCUUCAGCAGAGUAAAUAUCAGUUACUGGGAAGGAAACAACUUCCGCUCUGUGUUUUAUAAAGAUUUCUUCAAGGGCAAAACUGUGUUUAAUCACUUGAUGCCAGGGAUCUGCUAUUCUAAUAUCACCUUCCAGCUGGUAUCAAAGGCCACGUUUAAUAAAACCACCUUAGUUAAAAGCAGUGGGAUAGGACAUGAGCCACAGCAACACCGGACAGCACCUUAUCCACCUCAAAAUAUUUCCAUACAAAUAUUCCUUGUAAACCUUAGCAUUUCAGAAGAUCCAGCUGAAAGAAUUACCGUGGAGACAUCCACAACAGAAACCAAACUCAUCAACCCCACUGAGAAGUCGGCAGAAAUGUUUGAUGAUCAGUUUGAGAGUUCUGCAGCUAGUUCCUCUUAUAACUGGACUGAAGAGAAAUAUCUAGCUAACAGCAGCUCUGAAACAACAGCUCCACCCUACUGGUGGACAAGUGAGACUGCAACAGUGGAUGUUGAAGGGUUUGUGAAUGAAAUCCCCCCAGACUAUGAGAAUCCCACUUCAGUAAGCUUCUCCGCUGAAACUGUCCAAGAUCCUCUUCCUCCACCUAGCUUUAAAGUCUUAAUCAGCUGGUUCCCACCAAAGCCGCCAACUGCAUUUGAUGGUUUCAACAUAUAUAUUCACAAAGAUGGAAAUGUGACUCUAAUCUCUAGUGUGGAUGAAAAUACUCAUGACUUUGUAACAGAACUGAUGGAGCCAGGAAAAUACACAUUUUCUAUACGAACAUUUAGCUCUUCUGGAUCUUGUGACAUUAGAGAAAGCAGUGAUGCCAAAGCGGCCAGCUUCUAUAUCAGUCCUGAUGGAAAAUGGUUUGAAGAACUGACAGAAAAACCAAACAAUGUGACAGUGAGCAUCCUCAAUUCUACAGCAGCAUUGGUGUUGUGGACAUCUUCCCUGGCAGGCAGUAGUGAUGCUAUUGUGUCUGUCCAGUCACAGACAUGCCAGAAGCAGAAGGAAAGUCAAAGGCUGGAGAAAUAUUAUUGUAAGGAGGUUAAUUUAACCAGCAAUGUUAUCAGAAACUUAGUGCCUGGUGCCCAGUACAGGGUGGUCGUCUACCUGCAAAAGGCCCCAUUAAUUGGUCCCCCAUCAGAUCCGCUCCUCUUUUCUACUGAACCAACUGGAAUAAAAGAUUUGGUACUUUACCCCUUGGGACCAUCAGCUGUGGUGCUUAGCUGGAGCCGCCCAUAUCAUAGCGUCUUCCGGAAAUAUGUUGUCGAAAUGUUUUAUUUUAACCCUGUAACCAUGACAUCAGAAUGGACACCGUAUUAUGAAAUUGCAGCAACUGUUUCCUUAUCAUCCACAGUGAGACUGACCAAUCUACUUCCAGCCUGGUACUAUAACUUCCGCGUGACAAUGGUGACAUGGGCAGAGCCAGAGCGCAGCUGCUGUGACACUUCCACUAUAAGCUUCAUAACAGCUCCUGUGGCCCCCCGCAUCACUCAGGUGGAAUAUGUGAAAACUCUGCUGUAUAUUACCUGGCGAUAUGGCGAGAAGGGCUUGGAUCUUUCACAUUCAAGAAUGCUGCACUGGCAGGUGACAGCAGAAGGGAAGAAAAGGAUAAAGAAGAGUGUUUCCCGGAAUAUGAUGACAGCAGUAAUGGCUCUACCUGCCGGAGACAUCUACAAUAUAACAGUCACCGCCUUUACUGAAAAGAGCAGCAACGCAUCACUUCCGUAUGUGGUGAAACUUGAUCCAGCGCCUCCAAAGUCCCUGUUUGCCGUAAAUAAAACGCAGACGUCCGUCACUCUGCUGUGGGUGGAAGAGGGAUUUUCUGAUUAUUUUGAAGUUUUCUGCCGGUGCUCUGACUUGGUACAGAGUGAAUAUGACAAGGAUGCUGUGAUGGUUUCCUCCCAUGUGGUAACAAUAUCCAAUCUACAUCCUGGCACAUCUUACAACUGCAGCAUUACCAGUGUCAGCCAUCACAGUGCCAGUGUGCCCACCUUCAUUACCGUUUCUACACUGGUUGCUGAGAUGAACCCAAAUGUUGUGGUGAUUUCUUUGCUGGCCGUGCUGAGCAUUCUACUGAUCGGACUCUUGCUAGCCACUCUAGUAGUCCUACGGCGGAAACACCUCCAAAUGUCACGGGAGUGCGGAGCAGGAACUUUUGUCAAUUUUGCCACUCUAGAGAGAGAGAGACGGAAAGCUCCCAUAUAACUGGCGUCGAAGCAUUUUUGCUUUCCUAACCCUCCUGCCCUCGUGUCUGUGGACUGACUACCUCUUGGCUUUUUAUAUUAAUCCAUGCGUUACCCGAAUAUUUUACCAGAGAAGUAGUGACGUUUGUCUGGAGUCGCAGUUUCCAGUUAGGAACAAGAAUGGAUUUAAGAAGCGGAAGCUGACAAACCCAGUUCAGUUGGACGACUUUGAUUCUUACAUGGGAGAUAUGUCAAAGGAUUCUGACUAUAAAUUUUCUCUGCAGUUUGAGGAACUGAAAAUGAUUGGUUUGGAUAUAGAGCAUUGUGCAGCAGACCUUCCAGCCAACCGCUGCAAGAAUCGCUACACAAACAUUUUGCCGUAUGAUUUUAGCAGAGUAAAACUUGUUUCCACAGAUGAGGAAGAAGGAGCAGAUUACAUCAAUGCAAACUUUAUUCCUGGAUACAGCUCUGUACAGGAAUACAUAGCCACGCAGGGGCCCCUGCCAGAUACCCGCAAUGACUUUUGGAAGAUGAUUCUGCAGCAGAAAUCCCAAGUCAUUGUAAUGCUGACUCAGUGCAAUGAAAAGAGACGGAUAAAGUGUGACCAUUACUGGCCCUUUACUACAGAACCUGUCAGCUAUGGGGACAUCAUGGUGGAGAUGGUAUCAGAGGAGAUGAGCAGCCAGACUGGGCAUUCCGUGUAUUUCGGGUAUCACAGGCAGAUGACGCUCAGCAUGUUCUGCAUUUUAACUUCACUGCGUGGCCAGACCAUGGCGUCCCAGCAAGCAGUGCAGCAGAAAGCAUCCUGCAGUUUGUAUAUAUGGUGAGACAGAAAGCAGCCAAAACCAAAGGGCCAAUCACAGUGCACUGCAGUGCGGGAGUUGGCAGGACUGGAACCUUCAUUUCUCUGGACCGGUUAAUGCAGCACAUCCGGGAUCAUGAAUAUGUCGAUGUUCUGGGUUUAGUGGCAGAACUCCGCUCAUACAGGAUGUGCAUGGUGCAAACAGAGGAACAGUUUAUUUUCAUCCAUCAGUGUGUUCAGCUAAUGUGGAAAAAGAAAAAGCAGCAGUUUCGGAUCAGUGAUGUCAUCUAUGAAAAUGUCAGCAAGUCGUAG